GAAUGAAUUGUCUGGUUGUGCUCUGUAUAUCCCAGUGAAAUGCUAUAGAAUAAAGUUAAGUGGUAGCACUAUCUUAGGCAACGUCGGGCAAGCUUAGGGCAGAACAACAACAUGUUGGCAUGUGGAUCAUGAGUGUGACGUCGUGUCGCUCAGCCGCUAAGGCUGCAAACGGAUUUCUUACCCAAAUCCACCACCACAUAGUAUGCUCAUGACCUCCAUUUGCGACAAUGACAUAGCCUGGGACUUGUUUGUUCAUAUUUUUGAAUACCCCAGCCGUUUAUUAUACUGUCUGUUUCCUUUUCCCCUUUCACAUACCUACUAAAAAAUGCAUACGAAGCCGAACAUAUAAAUCAGAGACAUAAAAGAUAAGUACCUGCGAUCAAAAUUACGGUCAACAUAGCAACGCACAGCACACAAUGGACGCGCUCCUCUCAUUGCCAGUGCUUUCUCUAUUCCUAGUUCCCACGAUCUCCUCAUAUAGCACGAGUCUCAAUAUAAUCUUCUUUUACAUGACAUGGACGACUCUCGUGCUGUCGCAUCCUCCGCUCCGAGUCGAACUAUUCGGCACCGCAGCCGUGCGACUCCUGUUCUUUUUACUUCCGUCGCUUCUGUUCUUCCUCUUUGAUAUCCUGACCCCAUCCGCUGCUGUUGUUGUAAAGGCGCAGGGUGAAGCUGGUCUCCCGGCAGGAAGUAAACGGGGAAAAGUCAGAAUGAAGGAUCUCAAGGUUGCGGGAUGGGCUAUGCUCAACAUUGGGUUGAGCUUCGCGGCACAGGCAGCGAUAGAGGAAGUCCGGACAGAGCUGUUCGGGAUGCGGAGUGCAUUAAGAGUGUCGAUGAAGUUACCAAUGCCCUGGGAGAUGGUGAAAGAUCUAUUGCGAGGAUUGUUCGCAAGAGAGAUCCUAACCUACAACAUCCACCGCUUCAUCCUCCACUCCCCAGACUACCAAGUUUCCAAAUACCAUCGAAAAUGGUACCAUUCGCUACGAGCUCCCUUUCCCCUCACAGCACACUACGACCACCCAUUUGCCUACCUCCUUUCCAACUUCACCCCUACCUACCUGCCUGCCAUGUUCUUCCGCUUCCACAUGCUCUCCUACCUCCUCUACCUUACCGUGAUAUCCAUCGAGGAGACAUUCGCCUUCUCCGGCUACUCUGUUAUGCCGACGAGCUUCUUCCUGGGCGGGAUCGCACGUAGGAUGGAUAUGCAUUUGCUCAGUGGGGCGGAAGGGAAUUUCGGCCCGUGGGGGAUCCUCGAUUGGAUUUGUGGGACUACUGUGGGAGGAGACGAGGAUGAGGAGGAGUUGGAGGAGGCUCUGAGUGAAAAGGAGAUGAUUGACGAGCAGAUUAGACGGGCGAUUGAAGAGUCUACAAGGAAGAGGAGGGAUGAACGGUAUAAGUUGAGAAGGCGGAGGAAUGAUUAUUAGGGUUGCUGAUGCAAUGUGAUGUAUGAUGGUCAUGAUCUAGAAGGUUGGGGUAUGUGCCCUAACCGAUGAGUGAUGUCUUCCGGUUACGAAUUUUUGUUCUGCGUAUGGCGCGACGGGAGCUGGAGUCUUUAGGAUACAAAAUCAAUUAUAAAGUCUUGAUCAUGGGUAGACCGCGGGUUGCACAUAUUGUAUUGAACAUAUCGUAUCGGAGUCACAUAGGGCGCUGGAGAGUCCACAGGCACAAAACAUAGUCAAUCGUAAAUCCCUACAGAUAGGAGCGGCAUCUGAAAUGCUGG